AUGGAUUAUGCCCAAUUUGGUGAUGUUGUCACAUUUGAUACGACUUACAAGUUAAACAAAGAACAUAGACCCUUUGCAUCUUUUGUAGGAUUCAACCAUCAUAGGGAAACAAUUAUAUUUGGUGCAACAUUGUUGUAUGAUGAGACCGCCGAAUCGUUUGUAUGGUUGUUUGAAAAUUUUCUAGAAGCUAUGUCAAGAAAGGCACCAAAAACUUUGUUCAGCAAUCAAGAUGCUGCAAUGGCUAAAGCCAUACCUAUCGUUAUGCCUGACACAAGUCACCGAUUGUAUGCAAAUCAAUGGAAGUUAGAGUGGGCGGAAAUGCUUGAUAAAUAUGAUGUGCGUGAAAACCAUUGGUUGAAAUUGACUUUUGUGGAUUACAUUCGUUCUGAUUUUAACUUAAAUGAAUUCUUCAUGCAUUUCGAAAGGGUACUUUACGAGAAACGAUACAGGGAGUUAGAAGUAGGAUAUGCUUUGUGCCAAAGGUUGCCAAAGGUGAAAGCAACAAUAAGAAUGUUAAUUCAAAUGGGUAAUGUCUACACAAAAAAGAUAUUUGAGGAAUUUCAAAAUGAGUACUUUCGAUCCAUUGAAUCAGACAUAGAAGAAAUUGAAUAUGGCGAUGCUAGUACCAUUUACACAGUUGUUGAUGUUGCUAACAAACAUGCAAGGAAAGUGAAGAUGGAGAGGGAUGGCUCUUUGGGUUGUAAUUGUACAGAGUUUGAAAGGGAAGAAAUCUUGUGUUGUCACUCAUUGAAGGUUAUUAGAGACAUAUUGAAGUUGAAAGAGGUUCCUCCACAAUACAUUCUAAAGAGGUGGACCAAACAAGCAAGAGCCGAAACUGUGAAGGACAUUAAGGGGAAUGACAUUCAAGUAGAUGUGAAAUUCCAACAAGCCUUACAGUAUAAGACAUUGAUGACAGCAUUUAGAGCACUAGCAAGUAGAGCUAUUGAAACUGAAGAAACUUAUGAUUUUUGUAUUGCACACCUUGUUACAUUAGGUGCAAAUGUUGAAGGCAAGUUAAGUGCUCAUUUUGGUGUUGGAAAUGAAGUAAGUAAUGAUGAUGACACCCAAAGCUUUGAAAUGGAUUGCGAAGAUAUGAAUCAUGUUGUGCAACCAAAAGGAUUGAAGAAAAAUGUGGCAACUAGUAGGGCAAAAUGA